CCAGUCAUCAGAUCUUGAGCAUUGAUACACAGAGAAGACAUCGAUUGUUUGGUUUUCGUGUUUACAUUCCAGUUGUCAGUAUGAAAAUCGCUGUAUUUGUGCUAUUCUCUUGCCUAGCUGUAAUUUCGGCUAGACCUGAGACUUACUCCUCCAAAUGGGAUACCAUUAAUGUGGAUGAAAUUUUGAACAAUGAUCGAAUCUUAACUAAUUACGUCAACUGUUUAUUGGAGAAGGGAAAUUGCACUCCUGAGGGAAAAGAGCUAAGACGUAUUCUUCCUGACGCUUUGGAGACUGAAUGCGCAAAAUGCACUGAUGCACAAAAAGUGCGUUCGCAAAAAGUGUUGAAAUUUGUAGUGCGGAAUAAACCGGUGCAUUGGAAAAAUGUAGUAGAAAAAUACGAUCCAGAAAAAAAAUAUGUUCAAAAAUACGAAGACGAGGCAAUAGCUGAAGGGUUCACCAUCGAUACCUAAAUUUCACGAUUUUAAUCAUUAUUUUGUGACACCUCUUGUAGAAUUGACGGCUAAAUAAUGUAAUUAAUAAGAAUAAAUUUACAUCUCAGGAAUUAA